AAUGUUUAGGACUGCAUGCCUAGCCAGGACUACCAAGCAUCCAAGCUUUGCAGUUAGGCAGGCAACUUGACAUCUCGUGAUCCCAUGACCUGCCAAAGACAUAUGAUGACACCUGAGAAUGGGGCCAAAUUCGGGCCCAUCAAUUGUAUCACUUGAGAUGGCUAAGAUCGCUGCGGAUUUAAAGUUGCAGCAAAAUAAUUAUAACCGAUGAUCUAGGUGACAUUUUGCAAGAAUGUUACCAGUUUAUCUGAAUUUUCAAACAUUAUUUAUUGUCCCAAACAUUUCGAAGAUCGAAUCUUUCUCCUGUGGUAAAUAUGAACUCAGUAACUAGGAAACCGCUUCUACUCCCCCUUUGAGAUUUCCUCCAUUGACAGGACACAAAGGCUGUCCGGCACUGCAUUUAAGGCCACCUCCUCCACUGCCUCACUCACAGGACAGGGUGAGCCCUCCAUCAAAGAAAACAGCAAAGAUCCAGUGCAGAGAGAGAGAGAGAGAGAGAAAGAGCAAGAAACUCAUGACAUUCUGAACACAAUAGAGAGAGUCUACAGAGGGAAGAGAUCUCUCAACUCAGUCCUCCACAAUGGCGCCAACCAGCAAGCUGAUCUUGCUCUCAAGGGCAUGGGCAGCAGCAUCACUCCUGCUGCUGCUGCUGCUCCUCUUCCAAGGGAGAGGAGGCCACUGCAUCAGCCUGGGCAUGGAGAUGGAGAUGGAGAUGGACUCGGAGGCUCACCGGAGGCUGCUUUGGGAGGCGACCACCGGCAGGAGGUACAUCAGCUACGACGCCCUGAGGGGCGACGUUGUGCCGUGCUCCAGGCCCGGGGUGCCGUACUACAACUGCCGGAUCAUGACCACCGCCAACCCCUACACCAGGGGGUGCGAGAGCAUCACCAGGUGCAGGGAUGAUGCAGAGCCCUAGAUUUCUUGGAAGGGAAGAGCUCCUGCAAUGCAUGGCUUCUUUAAGUGUAUUUUUUCCCUUUUAUCUUGUCUUGGUCCUUCCUCCUUUGCUGGAAUACUUAGCAGGUGUAGUAAUAAAGGAUUAAUGUAAGCUUCAUGUUUUGCACCUCACUUCUCUUUUGCUUCUGGUCUGGAGGUGAAUAUGUGUGUGUGUGUGAUGGCAGUCUCACAAAGAGUUCUUGAUAA